AUGUCUUCUGGUGACACUGAAGCGCCCACUCAGCACUCUCGCCGGGGCGGGUUAUACAGACCCAACCGAGGCCAUACUGAUUCCGCGCAUCAUACUAACGACCAUGUCCCCGCCAGUUUUGAGCUGUUUCUGCUAGACGACGGCCAAGCAAAGGUCGAGACCAAAGAGGAGACUCGCGUCCCUCACACGGCCAUCUUCACGUUCAACAAGGAGGACCACACGCUGGGCAACCUCCUCUCACAACGCCUCCUCAAGUAUGACCAGGUCAUGUUCGCUGCCUACAAGGUCCCGCACCCGCUAUUCGCCAUGUUCGAGCUCCGUGUUCAGACCGAUGGCUCGAUUACUCCCAAGGAUGCCGUGGUUCGCUGCUGCCGGGACGUGGUACAGGACUUGCAGAAGCUCAACGACAGCUUCCAGCAGGAGUGGUUGGGCAAGCGCAUUGUCAGCGAGGGCGAGGCGGAGCGCCAGCAGCGCGAGAACAACAACUACUAG